UGCUUCUGCUCGUACUGCCGCUGCCAGGACACAAACAGACACAGACAGCCUGCACGCACCCGCACUCACACUCCACAAACACACAGAGAGACAGAAGGAGAGCAGGCUGCCUGGCAGAUAGAAGGACGUACGGAGGGAAAAACGCGCACAAACCAUGGGCUGCUGUACCACGAGGUGCGGGCUGAUAGUCGGAGCUGUGUUUGGGGCUCUGAUUGCCGUUUUCGGAGGCGUCCUUAUCCCGCUGGGAGACAUCAUCAUUGAAGGGACAGUGGAGAAGGAAGCCUUCAUUGAGCCUGGGACCACAGCAUAUGACAACUGGGUGUCCGCGGGGGCAGCGGUGUACAGGCAGUUCUGGUUGUAUGACGUCAAAAAUCCCACUGAGGUUAUAGAGGCUGGAGCCAAACCAAUUGUAGAGGAAAAAGGACCAUACACAUAUAGGGUGAGAUAUCUUCCCAAAGAGCAGAUCACAUUCAACCCAAACAAAACCGUCUCCUUCAUGCUACCUUAUGGCGCCAUCUUUGAGCCAUCCCUGUCCAAUGGACAUGAGGAAGACAAAGUCACCUCUCUGAACCUCGCUGUGGCUGGAGCUUAUUCACUGGUCCCAAAAGUGCUCCACACAGUGCUGGAGAAUCUCAUCAAGUCGAGCAACUCCUCCUUGUUCAUGCACCGCUCAGUGAAGGAAAUCCUGUGGGGUUACAUGGACCCGUUGUUGAAGGGGACUGUGGGGUUGUUUUCACCUUACAAUGGCACCUAUGAUGGCUUCUACACUGUCUUCACUGGGCAGGAUGACAUCUCUAAAGUUGGAAUAAUUGACAGAUGGCGAGGCGAGAAGAGCUUAAAAUUCUGGGAUGACAAGUACUGUGACAUGAUCAAUGGGACAGAUGCUUCGUCAUUCCCUCCGUUUGUGGACAAGACGAAGCCUCUCUUUUUCUUCUCAUCAGACAUCUGCAGGUCUGUGUCAGCUGGCUUUGAGCAGAGCUUGGAUCUGAAAGGUAUCGAAGUGUACCGCUUCACCCUGCAGCCAAACACCCUGGCCUCCCCGACAGUGAACCCAGACAACCAUUGUUUCUGCAGAGACCCAAAGACCACCAAAAACUGCACCAUGGCAGGAGUUCUGGACAUCAGUUCCUGUCAAGAUGGAAAACCCAUAUACAUCUCUCUGCCACACUUCCUGCACGGUAGUCCAGACCUGCUAGAAGCCGUUCAAGGCCUCAGUCCGAGCGAGGAGCACCAUGCCACCUACAUGGAUGUGGAACCUAUUACAGGGUUCACCUUGAGGUUUGCAAAGAGAAUUCAAGUGAACAUGAUGUACGGACCAUCAAAAGUCAUCACGGUUCUGAAGAAAGUCAAGGAUUAUACCAUAUUCCCUGUUGUUUGGCUCAACGAGACGGCUGAGUUGGAUAACGAAACGGCAGACAUGUUCAAGACGGAGCUAAUCUCGCGCAUCAGUUUGCUGGAGCUGAUACAAAAGGCAAUGAUGGGCAUAGGUGCAGGCAUCUUUGUGUUGUGUCUCAUCUUCUACUGCAUCUGCAUGAAGAGAAACAACCAAGUCAAAAUAGUGUGAAUGAAUCAUGCUGAAGUUUUUGUUGUGAGUGGGUUGAAGAGCACAGUGCAUUUAAGCUGCUAAGGGACAUGGAACCUUUUGAUAUAGACUUGCACUUUUUUGUAAUUUCAGUGUUAUUUAUAAUGUUGAGCCUCCUUUGAUAACAAGGGGGUGGAUAACUGUGAUUUUUGCAAAGCCCAAAAGCUAAACUGCUUUGCCGAGUGUUACUUUAAUUGCAAACACUGUAACUUUGAAUCAAUCAGGGAUUUCUUGAGGGAAAGACGACGGAGACUCCUCUUAACUGUCAGGUUUGGUAAUCAAUGCGAAGAGGAGGCACAUGUUUGACAUCCUGUGAAAGAAAUGUACAAUCCAUUCAAAUGUUCUAUACUUCGCUGAACUAGUGUCUUUAAAAUGAAUAAAAACUGA